AUGGGGACUUUCCAAACACCCAGCAGCGAUCCGCCAAAACACGAAAUGCAAUACUUCCCCAGCAUGACGACCGCACUGCCGGCCGAGUCGAUCGAGUUCCGACGGGUGCUCUGGACGGGUCUCUACUCGCAGUUGGUGCUCAUGACGGUGCCGGUUGGUGGAGAUAUUGGUGAAGAAAUCCACACGGUUGAUCAAAUCUUGACUUUUACCUCGGGCAAGGGGCUUGCACAAGUUGGCGGCCGAGAGCAGGAGGUCAAGGCGGGCGACAUGGUGAUCGUACCGGCGGGAACAAAGCAUCAAUUCCUGAACAAGGGCCAGACGCCGCUGAUACUGUACACCGUAUAUUCGCCCGCAGAGCACAAGCCGACCACGGUACACAAGACGAAAGAGGAAGGAGAUCGCGCGGAGGAGGAGGGUCGGGAUGAGCCCGCGCCAUGGAGUCGGCGGAGCAAGGCGCAAAAUGAGGCUGAGGGACUGGUUAAGGGAGAGUGA